AUGUGCGGUGGGGCGGUCGGCGGGGCCCUGCGCGCCCUGUGCACCCUGUGGCUGCUGGGCUGCGGGGCGCGGGGGCGGCCGCUCGAGGGGCGCCGGCGGCCGGGCUCGCAGGGGGUGCCCGGGGGGCCGCGGGACCUUAGGGCGCUGCCGCAGGCGGUGCAGCGGGACCUCCUGCGCGGCCUCAACCUGAGCGGCGUCCCGGCCCAGCCCCGGGCCCGCGCGGAGCCGCCGCAGUACAUGCUUGACCUGUACCACCGCUAUGCCAGCGACAAGGCGGCCGCGCCCACCUCCAACGUGGUGCGCAGCUUCAGCGUGGAAGAUGCUGUCUCCAUCAUGGCCACAGAGGACUUCCCCUUCCAGAAGCACAUCUUGCUCUUCAACGUCUCCAUUCCUAGGCAUGAGCAGAUCACCAGGGCCGAGCUCCGACUCUACGUCUCCUGCCAAGGUCACGGAGCCGCUUCUCGUGAGCUGAGAGGCAACAUGGCUAUUUAUGACGUUCUGGAUGGAGCAGAUGCCUGGGAUGCUUCUGCAGGCACCAAGAUGUUCCUCGUGUCCCAGGACAUCUCGGAUGAGGGCUGGGAGACCUUUGAGGUGUCCAGCGCUGUGAAGCGGUGGGUCAGAGCAGACUCUGCCAAGAGCAAAAACAAACUGGAAGUGACUGUGGAGAGUCACAGGAAGGGCUGCGACAAGCUGGAUAUCAGUGUCCCCCCGGGCUCCAAAAACCUGCCCUUCUUUGUCGUCUUCUCCAAUGACCGCAGCAAUGGGACCAAGGAGACCAGGCUGGAGCUCAGGGAGAUGAUCGGCCACGAACAGGACAGCGUGCUCACGAAGUGGUCCAAGAACGGUCCAGCAGGGACGGGUGACCGCAAGGCUGAGGGGGGCGGGGAAGGUCACACGACCACAGGGUCCUUGUUAGCCAGACGGAAGAGGAGUGCCGGAGCCAACAACCACUGUCAGAAGACCUCCCUGCGGGUGAACUUUGAGGACAUCGGCUGGGACAGCUGGAUCAUUGCACCCAAGGAGUACGACGCUUACGAAUGUAAAGGCGGCUGCUUCUUCCCCCUGGCUGACGACAUGACCCCAACAAAACAUGCCAUUGUGCAGACUCUGGUGCAUCUCAAAUUCCCCAUGAAGGUGGGCAAGGCCUGCUGCGUGCCCACCAAACUGAGCCCCAUCUCCAUCCUCUACAAGGAUGACAUGGGGGUCCCCACUCUCAAGUACCACUACGAAGGGAUGAGUGUGGCAGAGUGUGGGUGCAGGUAGUGCCAGCCUCGGGCGGGGGGGACAGGGUGGACGGGCCCCGUUUCCCUCUGGGCAUGCCAGCCCAGGGAAGGAGGGAAGGGGGUGGCCACGUCUGGGAGGCGAA